AUGUCUCGCCAGGUAUUCUCCACCAUAAAAGAAGAAAAACCGCCCCGAUCACCGCUCUGGUACAAUGGGGCAAUGGAAGAUUCGGACCCCGAAGAUUCGCCGUCUCAUUUUGACCUUCUAGCCGCCGCGCUGACGCCGCUACGCGUCUGUACCGAUAAGAACUCGGUAUUUGCUUCUCCAACCAAAAGAUUAGAUAAUUUGAGAUUGUCACCACAUAAGCAGAGUGGCCUACGGCAGCAAAAGCCCAUCGAGAUAUUUCAGGAUAGCAUUGAGCUUCUGCAGAAGCACCAGGACCUAGAUGGGACUGAUAUCAAUGGAACAGCGCUCGAUGCCGAUACAGAAGUUUCUCGUGAGGAUACAGAAGAAUUUGAUAUUCGAAUUGCUCCUGAAGAUUCGGGGCUGGAAGGCCUGUCACCAGCAGACUUGGCAGACCAAACCAUUGUAGAAGAGUCUAGUUCAGGUGAUGACGAACCGCAACAAUUGUUCUCGCACCAUCGUCUGCUGCCCAUCUUCAUUCGCAAACGUAAACAUACAGAGUCACCCAUGGUGAUCACACCUCAGGCGCAGGCUCGCCAUCCUUUGUCUCAAAGCUCGUUCACGUGUGAUAUGUCUGGGGUAGUCACAGCAGAGUCCGCUAACAACACCACGUUUAGUGUCCUGAAACUAAGUUUUUCUGCAUCCGACUCCACGCCGUGUCCACCGCAACCUCGAAAACGACUCAAGUUCAAACUGCUGCUGCUGCUGCUGGUACUUCUACACAAUAAUCUGGAAGAUACUCCAUCGCAACCGUCUAGGGUUGGAAAACCGGUCCUAGACCUCUCUGCCUCUAAAAAACUUGCCGCAUCGUCUGUUCCUCUACUCACUAAACUAAACCAUGCGAGCGCAAGCGAUCAAGAUAGCGAUGAACAUGUCGAGAGCACGGAGACUGGAUCUUCGAUGCACUCGUCAAGGCUUGAGCCGUCUUCAACACCAAUUAGCCAGUCGACUCCAGCGAACUCUCGCGCCAACUCACCUAGCCCGUAUGAGGAAAUGUCUGAUACCGAAGUUGAUGGGUAUAAGUUUGUGCGUCCCAGUACACAAUCCAAUUUUCAGACACCAAUCAAUCGAUAUCCUGUGGCAUCGGCACCCACUCCAAAGUCACAGCAGCUUCUCAAUUCGUACAAUUCCAGCAACUUCUCUGCUGGAAGUGGCUCUUGUAGGUACAAGAUCAUCGGAAACGUACCGGUUUCUGCUGCUGGAUUGAUGGAUGAAAACAGUGAUGAUGUCCAUAUUGGCGAUAAGCGCAUCAACGAUCCAUAUGUAUCAGCGCCCGCUUCCAGUCCUUCACCUGGACAUCUGCUUCUGUCUGCGGCAUUGUUGGAGAAGUAUAGCACGUCACGGGACAAGCUACCUCUUUUAGAACAUUUCCAGCGAGACUUGCACCCUUCAGAGAUGGAUGAUCUCAUUAAUGAUGGCAAGUCAGUUUGGGCAUUCUACAAGAUGAUCCUUCUGGCGCGCUUAACAGAUCUACACAUGAUAUCUUUUCUCAAGAAGGAGAGGCUUCGGUGGCAUCCUGACAAGUGGGUGCAUCGAAUCCAAGGGUCGGGGUUUGAGAAGAGUAACAUUGACAACCUCAGCAAGGUGAUCAAUGCGUUCAUCGAGGAGAUCAACAACGGGUUUCGAGAUGCAGUCUGA